GCGCCCCCGGCGUGCAGCGCACUGUGCUGAGCGCUCGGGCGGGCCGAGUCGGGGAUGUUGUCGGGCUCCGUGGUCCUGACCGUCCGGCAGCAGCGGGAGCCCGGAGACCCCGGCGACCAACACAAGCGGGACAAGAUGAAGCGGACUCUAAUGAAAGAUUGGAAGACCCGCCUGAGUUACUUCUUACAGAACAACUCCUCGGCCGGGAAGCCAAAGUCCAAGGGCAAACAGCAAGCCUACAUUCGCCCUUCUCCUGAAGAAGCACAGCUGUGGUCAGAAGCAUUCGACGAGCUCCUGGCCAGUAAAUACGGUCUUGCUGCGUUCAGGGCUUUUCUGAAAUCUGAAUUCUGUGAAGAGAAUAUCGAGUUCUGGCUGGCCUGCGAAGACUUCAAGAACACCAAGUCCCCGCAGAAGAUGACAUCAAAGGCCAAGAAAAUUUACACCGACUUCAUAGAAAAGGAAGCGCCGAAGGAGAUAAACAUAGACUUUCAAACGAAAACCCUGAUCGCCCAGAGCAUCCAAGAGGCUUCGAGCGGCUGCUUCACUACAGCCCAGAAGAGAGUGUACAGCCUGAUGGAGAACAAUGCCUAUCCGCGAUUCUUGGAGUCAGAGUUUUACCAGGACUUGUGCAGAACAUCCCGGAUGAGCAGGGAGCCUCAGGGAACAUGAACCCGGGGCCAAGGAAGUGAUCCUUCUCAUUGAGAAAGAUGGCUCCCGAUCCCGACAGAACGAAUAAACUGGCCCGCGGUGGCAACCCUUAACGCAACCCCGGGCGGAUUGAAACACUGACUGAGCGCUUCUCUAGGAAGCCAUUCGGGGACGAGAACGAAUGCCUCGUCUAAUCGCUGUGAGUGUGUGUGUGAUUGUACAUAUGUAUUUAUCUCGCGGUAGAGAAGGGAGAAUCUGGGCCAGACAUGAUCUUCCAAGAUCACGCAUCUCUGCCUAAGUGACGUGGGGGUCCGUGGCCUUUAUUGAAUUGACGGUACCCUCUCUCUCCGUCCGGCUAAACGUUGCUAACUUGUCGGUCUCGGUCCCGUAUCGGAUCGCAAGCGCCCCUUUUCCCUCACCCCCAUCCCGCUUUCGGAGAGCGACCUCGUUGUGCUGGGGAAGCUGGGCUCUGAUACCGUGAUAAAAUGUAGAAGCCUGAAGCGUCUGUAAGCGUGGAGGUGAUGUUUCUUGGUGUGUGAGACUGAGGUGAUGCUGAGCACCACCACAAUGCCAAACUCUGCCUUGAAGGCAGCUAAACUUCAAUGAAGUAGUCUUUCGAGGACCUGUUUUUAAUAAAUUAUUU